AGCUUCCAAGGAGUAGAAACAGCAGGAGCAAAGAUGUGAACAUGGGAAAACCUCCACAGUAUCUGGGUGACUGUGGAGUUUGGCUCUGUUUGAGCACCCGGGGAUGACUGCUGGUGGUGUGUGGCUGAAGGUGAAUGGGAACAGUGCACUCAGCAACCAGGCUGCAAGAGUGCUGCAUGCCCCUUAGGGAUUGGCUCCAGCCAAGUGCCCUGGCCUCCUUUCCUGAAGCAUUUUGGUUUUGACUUGGGCCCCAUGUCCAGUUCUGCCCUGACAUGUGGGUCCACCUUGGAAAAGUCAGGAGACACCUGGGAAAUGAAGGCACUAGACUCUUCCAGACUCGUUCCAUGGCCACCCAGAGGCCUUGGGUCAUCUACCCAACAUCCCAACAAACCCAACUGUGCACUGGCAUCAUGCCAGGGGCCAGGUGUUCUGCCAGGAGCAGCCUCUGCCCUCCCAGAGCUGACAUUUCAGGGAGAUGUGUGCCAAAGCGAGACCUGUCAGAGAUAUUUACAAACAGCCAUCUCUCUUUACAUUGCUGUACCCCAAAUAAAUCUUCUGGGAAGACUCUCUUCACCUCCAGCUCUCCUGAUACAGCAAGACAGUUGUGAACAAGUUAUUUAUAACUCUAUACUUCAAUUUCCUGGUAUGGAAGAUGGGGAUAAUGAGAGGACCUGUGCCACAGGAUGGUUGUGGAGACUGUAUGAGGAUAUAGGUGCUGAGCCCAGUAGCACAGGGUACAGCCGUUCAAACCAACUGACAUUUAUUGAGGGCUGCUUUGUCAGGUCCCUCUCUACAGUAUACUCCAACACACACAUACACACACAGCUGUAAUCAGUGACAAUCCUGCAACAUCUGAGAGUCUGGCAGCUUUUGUCUGGGCCUUUGCACAUGCUAUGUCCUCCCUUCCAUCCCCCACCGGGGGUGACUCAUAGCCAUCCCUUUCUGCAUCUCAUCAGAUACCACUUUUUCCAAGAAGCCUCCCUGUCGCACCAUUUCCCCAACAUCACAGAUGAAGGAAAAAAGACUUAGAAAGGUUAAGUUACUGGCACGAGGUCACACAAUCCAGAUCUCAUACUCUUAGCCCCCUAGGAACCUUACACUGUAUUAAAUGAC